AUGCGGAUCCCAAGGGGGCAGACCUGGCAGAGGGCCGUGGAGACCCUGCUCGACAAGCGAUUGGGGAUCACGCCCGAGACCCAGCUCAGCUGCAUCGCGGUCGAUCCCGCCUCCCACGUGGAGAGCGAGGAUCGCGCUGCCUCGCGCUCCUACCCUGGCGUCGACACACUGUACCAGAUCGAUGAGGUCACCGCCAGGGUGGUCAUGAACGAGGUCGACACCGCGACCCUGCACCGCAUCGGCCUCCCAGAUGGCCAGAACUUCGCCUUCUCCAGGUGGGAGCCCGCCAGGGGCCCCGGGGCGGGCAGCAUGACCAUCAUGCACUGGUCCUGGCAGAGCAGCCGCGACACCUCGGCGGCCAGGGUCCAGCGCGCCCCGUCCCUGACGCGGGGGCACUCCGAGGCGUGGUGGGCGGAGGUGCGCGAGCAGCGGAGGCUCCUGCUGGUGCCCGAGCCGGACGGAGACGUGCAGGGCGGGGCCCGAGCCGGCGCGGGCGGGUCCUGGUUCUCCUUCGGCAUCAGCGCCACCGUCCUCGAGGACCUGAUGAGGGGGAAGAAGGUGGACAUGAAGCGGGCCAGGCGCGCGGCCAGGGAGAUCUGCAGCCCGGGCUACACCUGCCAGGACUUCUACGGGGACAUCACCGCGGCGUUCCCCGAGCUGAACCUGUACCUCGUGGGCGACAUGACCAGCGGCCGGGCUGGCGAGGACGAGUACCAGCGCACCCUGGGGGCCAUGUUCUCUUUCUUCUGGCUCAUGCGCCUGCACCUGGACGGCAGCCAGUCCUUCUGCUUCGGGCUCGACGAGAACUGGAAGGCGCGCGCCAGGCCAUUCGACGACAGCCAGGCGGCCCUGGACGAGUGGGAGCGCCGCAGCGCCUUCCACAGGGACGCCGAGUGGGCGUCGCUGGAGAGCAGCUGCUCGUGA